CAGCAAUCCCACCGUUGGAUCUCGAUCCCCGCGUCAAAACUCAAAACUCAUUCCUUAAAAAGCGCUUUUCCAAACCCCUUCUUCUUCUUCCAUUAAUUAAAAUGUAGCAGCCACUGCCACCAACAACCGCUUAACCUCAUGGCUUUCCACGACCACCAAAUACCGUUCCACCGCUUCGCCGACGACCAGGAGCUCAGCCAGAAUAGAGACAGCCUCCCACCGACAUGGCGCCAACAGAAUUUCCUCGAUCAGGAUUUGAGGGACUACAAAGCCGACAUUCUAGGACACCCUCUCUACGACCAACUCUUGUCGGCGCAUGUCUCCUGUCUCAGGAUUGCCACUCCCGUCGACCAGCUUCCCAGGAUCGACGCCCAGCUUCAGCAGUCGCACCGCGUGCUUCACAAAUACUCUGCUCUCCCCCACAACGCCGUCGUCGAUGACAAGGACCUUGAUCACUUCAUGACCCAUUAUGUUCUGUUGCUAUGUGCCUUUAAAGAAAAAUUGCAGCAGCAUGUCCGUGUUCAUGCAAUGGAGGCAGUGAUGGCUUGUUGGGAUCUGGAGCAGUCUCUGCAAAGCUUGACAGGUGUAUCUCCUGGUGAAGGAACGGGUGCAACAAUGUCAGAUGAUGAAGAUGAGCAGGCAGAGAGCAAUGGGAACUUAUAUGAAGGUAGCCUCGAUGGCGCUGAUUCUCUUGGCUUUGGUCCUCUUGUCCCCACUGAGACUGAAAGAUCUUUGAUGGAGAGAGUCAGACAUGAAUUGAAGCAUGAACUCAAACAGGGUUAUAAGGAGAAGAUUGUGGACAUAAGAGAAGAAAUUCUACGAAAGAGACGAGCAGGGAAGCUCCCAGGUGACACCACAUCCCUUUUGAAAGCUUGGUGGCAAGCACAUUCUAAAUGGCCCUACCCCACUGAGGAAGACAAGGCUAGAUUGGUGCAGGAAACAGGGUUGCAAUUAAAGCAGAUAAAUAAUUGGUUCAUAAAUCAAAGGAAAAGGAACUGGCAUACAAAUAACCCCUCAUCCUCAAGUAAUUCCAAAAGCAAGCGCAAGAGUGCAGGAGAAAGCAGCAAGCAGAGCUUCAUGUGAAUGGUGGCAUAUCUUGAACAAAAAAUGAUUGGUAUAUAUUGUUCAUCCUUUUAUGCACGCUGGUGGAAUUCAUAGCUCUUACGGUUCAGCGUGAACAUGAAAUGAUGGAUUCUUGAUGUAAAAGGGAAAUUCAUGAUAAAAUCAUUGUUAAGAAAUAGUGUUAACACUUCUGGUUGAAUUAUAGGAAACCCUAGCUAGUAUUGUUGUAUAUGCCGCUUCAUGCAGGUACAAUCUAUUGGAUUUAAUGGCUAGCAUGCUGAUACAUAUAACAUUUUCUUUUCUGCUUA